AUGAACGAAGUAGAUAAUAAAGAAUUAGAUCUUUCAGUAGGUGUGUUAUCUAUAUAUAUUUAAUCACUUUAUAUACGAUUAUAUAAUAAUUAUAAUUCAUAUUUUAUCUUUAGUUUAACACCACUUAAAUAAGCAACACUCAGGAUUAAGACUCAAGAAACAACCUCAUUUCAAAGAUAAAAAGGUAUAUAUUAUAUAAUAAUAAUUAGGCUGAAUGUUGUGAGAUUUGUGGAAUUGGAUUUGAUAGACAAAUCUAAUAACCUGAAAUAGGUAAAGUCUAAUAUAAACAUUUAGGUAUGAUGAUUAUAACAUGUUAUGGAUGUUUAUCAACUUGUCAUUAUUAUUGUUAUGGUAUAUCAACAGAAGUUGAAAAAUUGUCAAAUUCCAAUAAUUAAGGGUAUUUUUAAUGUGACAAAUGCAAAUCAAAUAAAUCUUAAGAUUAUCCAUGUGUUGUUUGUAAUUAAAAAUAAGGUCUCAAAAAAAAAUUGCAUAAUUCAAAUGAAUUUGUACAUCCAUUAUGUGCUUAGUUCUCUAAAUAAAUAGAAAUAAUCUCAUUUAUAGAAAUGAAAUUUAACAAACUUAAUAAUUAAAAUAUUUCUUAAAUUGAAAAAUUAAAUACAGAAAAAAUAAAAUAGAAUUAAUAUGUUUGUGUAUAUUGUAAAGGUUCUAUAGGAACUAUUAAAUGUAAUAAAUGUAAUUCAUUUGCUCAUAUCUAUUGUAUUAUACAUAAAAUAACAGAUUCUGGAGGAUUUAGAUUAGAUUAUUCAGAAAGUAAUAAAGAUAAUUAAUGGUAAUGCUUUUUUAAUUACAAAUAAAUACUUAAUCUAGAUAAUAUGAUUUAAACAAAUAAAGAUAAAUAAUUACUAAAAAAUAAUGUUUAAAUUAUAUUUGAUUAAUUUAUGAAAAUAUAAGGAAUUUCAAAGUAAAUCAAAUUUGAUACAUUAUUUUAAUAAUACUUUUAAAAUGAUAAAAUUGAAGAAGAAAAAGAGUAAUUAAUUAAUAUCAUAUUAUUAGAUCAAUUUUAUCAUGGAUUUGUUUUAAACAUAAAAAUACUAAAUCUUAUUGUUAUUGUAAAUAAGAAGUAGAUACAGAUGAUAUGGUAUAAUGUGAAACAUGUACUGAAUGGUUUCAUGAUUAAUGUGUUAGAAAAUAUUAAAAAGAUUUUCAAGAAUAAAAAAAUAAAGAUAUUUAUUGUUGUCCAUUUUGUAUUAAAUGGGCAAAAAAUAAAUUAAAUCAUAUCUUAAGAUAUAAUCCAGUAUCUAAUUUGAAUCAAUUAUUUCCACCUGUUUUAAAAUUGAAUUUCGUAUCACUUAUAAUUAUUGCAAUUUAUUGUGAAAGAACUUUAAAUAGAAUGAUUUCAAAAUGUAAUAAUUUUAUUAACAAUAUUAGAUAAUGAAACUGAAUAUAAAAUUGUUUAAUUUAUUCUAUCCAAUCUACCAUUUCCAAAUUCUUUAUAAACUUAACUUAAUUAAAUUGAAGAAAAAUAUAAAUCCUCUGAUAUAAUCAACUUUAUUUUUUCUUAAAAUAUUGUUUAUAGAGAUGAAAAUUAAUGGAUUAUCAAAUCUUAAUUAGAUUAAAAUAAUAAUACUGUACCUGAAAAUAUUCAACAUAAUAAUAAUUUAAAAAAUAAAUUAUUAUAAGUUAUUACCUUAUUUAAAGAUUUUGAUGAAUGUAAAUAUUAUUAAGAAUUAUUAUCGAAAUUGAAUCAUUUACAAAAUGCUUUUGAAAUUAUUAUAAUGAAAUAAAAAAUUACUAAAAAUACUAUAUUAAUGGAAUAUUAAUCAAAUGCAUUUUAAGAAUUUAUUUAUUUAUAAUAAUAAAUACCUACCUAUAAAAAAAUAAAAAAAGAGUUUAUAUCAACAUUAUAAUAAUCUCAAGAUAAAUUUUAUGAUUUUGAAACUAAAUUUAAUGGAAUUAUUGAUUCUUCUGAAGAAGAUAAUGAUGAUGAUGAACUUGAAGAUUAUUAAAAAUUAUAAAAAUAUUUUUAAUUAGAUAUAGUUCCAAUACAAAAUUAUUAAGAAUUCUUUAAUCUUAUAUCUCAAUCUAGAAUUAAAUUAAAUUAAUUCAAAAUUAAUAUAGAAUAUGUUAAUAAGAUUUUAAAAUAAAUUUAAAAUUUAUCUAUCAAAGUAUCCUGGAUUUCAUAUAUUGAAUAAGAAGUUAAUUAAGGAUUACAAAUUAUUGGAUAAUUAGAGGAUUCUAAAUUAAAUAAUUAAAAUAAUGCAAUUUAAAUUCUAAUCAAUAAAAUGGAAUAAACAUUCUGUUAUUAUAAAGAUUUCCCUAAACAUUAUGCUUUUCUAUCUAAAAUUAAAUUAUAUGAAUUAUAUAUUUAAGAUCUUGAUUAUUAUUAAGAUAAAGAUGAUGAAGAUGAAGAUGAUGAUGAUAGUGAAUUAUAAUAGAUAACUAAAGAAAUUUAGAUUAAAAUCUCUAUACCACAUUUACAGAUGUUAAAAGAUUUAUAAAAAGAAACUAGAGCUCCUUAAAAAGAAAUUCAACUUUUAAAUAGAGUAGAAUAAUAAAUGAAUGAAUAUAGAUAGAAAUUAAGAAAUAUAAUACUCUAAAAAGGAUUAAAUGAAUAAUUAAGAAAGAAAUAUUAAGCAGAAUUAUAAAUGAAUAAAUUAUAUGAUAUUCCAGAAAUUAAAGAACUUUAAUAAAAAUUAGAAAUAUUUUAAGAAGUUGAAAAAAUAAGAUUAUCUAAAACAUAAACAUUAUAAUAAUUAGAAAUGUGUUUAGAAAAAUCUAAAUAAUAUAAUUUUGAUGAUAAAAUAAUAAAUUAAUUUGAGUAAGAAAUAAAUAAAUAUAAUUAAAAAAGAAAAGAAAUUUAAAAAUUAUUAGAAAAUGAAAUUUAUGAAAGUGAAUAAUUAGAUUAAGCUAAAAUAUAUUUAUAAGAAAUUGCAUAAAGUAAAAUUGUAUUUGAAGAAAAACAAUAAUUAUAAAGUUUAAAUAAAUCUUGUUAAUUUGUUUAAUAAUUAUAUGAAUUUUAUUAAAAGUAUAAAUCACCUGAAUAAGAAAUGGAAAUUGAAGAUGAUAAAAAUCCAGAUUUGUAAUUCAAAAUUAAUUAAAUUUGCAAUCCUUUAUAAAUUAUAUUUAAAAAUGAUCAAGAAUCAAUGAUCUAUGAUUUAGAAGUCAUUCUAAAUAAAUAACAAAUCAUAUUAGAUAAAAGAAUCAAUAAUAUUUUUAAUUAAUAUACAAAUUUCUUAUGGUAAAAAUAGGCUAAAAUAUUACUAUCUUAAUAUGAAUCAAAAUAAGAAAUAAGUAAUCAAUUAGUAGAUUCUAUAAUAUCAAAAAAGUUUAAAUUAUAAGAUUCUUUAGCAUAAAAUAAAUUGGAUUAAUUUAUUGAAUUGUUUAAUAAAUAACUUAUAAUUUUGAAUUAGAUAAUAAUACCAUUAUAAGAUUACAUUAAUAAAUAACCAAAAGAAAUCUCAUUAUCUGAAUGGAUUGAAGGUUAUAAUUAAAUAACUUUAAAUAUAAAAGGAGGAAUAUGGGAUUAAGUAAAAAUUUAUAAUGUAUGGGUAACAAUCAUAAUCAAAUUCUAAGAAAUCGAAAAUUCAGAAUUGCAUACAUAUGAGAGUCUAAAGUUGUUAUAAGAAAUUAUAUAAAUGUCUCAUAUGCCAAAAUAUUCAGCAAUUAUACAAAUAGUAAAUCAGAAAAUUAAUAACUUUAAUAAUUUAGUGGACAGAUUCAAAGAAUAUGGAUAAAGAAAAUAAUUAUUUUUAGAGAAGAAGAAAUCAAAGCAAGAAUCUUUGUCAUCUAAAUAAAAAUUUUAUUUUUCAAUUUUAGAUGCAAUAGAUUUAGAAUAAAAACUUAAAAGAAUAAAUAAUAUGGUACAUGAUUUCUUUUCUAAAGAAUUUUGUACAGAUUUAGAAUAUAUUAAAUAAAUUUAAGAAGAUUUUAAUAAUUGUCAAGAUGACGAUAUCUAAAUAUAUUCAUAAUUGUAUUAAAGAUUAACUUCAUCAUUUAUAUAGGAUGAUUUCUUAUUAGACUAAUUAAAAAUAAAGAUAUAUUAAUCAAAGUUAAAAGAUAUUAUAAAAGGAAGAAAAACAGUAGAAUUAAAUAAGGCAAAAAAAUAAUAUAAAAGUUUGAUGAAUUUAAUGGAAUAAACUAAUAAUGAAUUUGAAGAGUAUAUAUAAUAAUUCAAUAAAUUAUUAACAAUUGGAGAAAAUGUUUAAAAUAUUAUAAAUAAAGUAAAGAAUGAAUAAGAUUACACAUUUGAAGAGUUAGAAUUAUGUGUAUAAGAUAUGGAGAAGAUAUCAAAUAUUUAAAUAGAAAAUAAAGAAGAUUUAUUAAUUAAAUAUUAAGAAUGUCUAUAAGCGUAAAAAGAGAUAAACGAAAUAUAAAAUUCAUCCAUUAAAAGUAAAGAAAUGUUAAUCUAGAAUUUAUAUGAAAAAAUAGAAUAAUUACCUUUAUAAGAAGAAAAAUAAUUAGUAUAAACAUGGUUAAAUUAAUAUGAAUAAUUGAGAGGAAAUUAUAUAACUAUUAAAUAAAUGUUAUAAAAAUAAAAAACAUUCUAAAGUUGUUAAUUAUUGACAGAACUUAUAAAAAAGCUUUAGAAAUCUAAUGAGGAUUGUGUUAUCAUUCAUCCUGAAACUGAAAAUUUAUUAAGAGAUUAUUAAGAAUUUAAUAAAAGAUUAGAAUAAAUUGAAAGUAAUCCAUAAUCAGAUAAUGCUUAAAAAGAAUUUUAAGAAUUAUAAUCUAAUUUAAGAUGGGGAGAAUAAUAUGAAAGAGUAAGAAUGGUUAUUUGGAUUAAAUAAAUAAAUUAAUUAAAAAGUGGAUAAUCUAGUAAAUAGGGAUUCUCUUCUUUUCGAAAUCUUUUAAAUUAAGGAUAUGAAAUUCUUGAUUCUGCAUUAUUAAAUAAUUAAAAAUUAUAAGUUGAAAAAAUUAAAGGAUUAAUUAUAUACUUAGAAUAAUUAAUGAGUAAAAUAAUUGAGAUUUUUACUAAUGGGAUUAAUGGAAAUUAAAUUAUUGAAGGAAAGAUAGAUAUAUCAUAAUUAAUUUUAGAACUUUAACAUAUUUCCAAUCAUCAAAAGUAAGAAAAAUUAAAAGAUUUAUAACCGAAGAAACCAUUUGAUGAUAUAAAUCAAUAUUUAAAUAAAUUAUAGAUGAAAUAAAAGAAAAAAAUAAUCCCAUCAACUGCUAAAGAUAAACCAGAACAUAGUGUUAAGAAAGUAAAGAAAUCUAAUUAUGAUAAUGAUUAUGAAAAAUUAAGAAUUGAAAAAAGAAAUGAAUUAUUUAAUGUUAUGAAAUAGAUACCAAUUUUAAAAGAUAGAAAAGAUUUGAAUGAUAAAAUUAAAGAAAUUGAAAAUUAAUAAUUUGGAGAGUAUGUUAAAAAUAAAUCAAGUAUAUUUAAUUAUAUAUUAUAUAGAAUAUGAAGAAAUUAUGUAAUUAAUAAUAGAAACAUAUAAAGAAUUGUAAAAAUUUCCAAAUUAUUCUAAAUAAUUAUUUUCUUCUUAAAUUAAUCUAGAAACUACUGCCAAAGCUAUGUAAAAAUAUUAAGAUGGUAAAUUACAAAAAUGCGAAGAUAAAUAUAAAUAAGUUAGAUAAUAAGAUUAAAAUUCAUUAUCUUAAAUUAAGAAUAAUAUUAAAUUAUAAUCUUAAAAGAUUAAACUUAAAUCUUAAACUCAACUAUUAACAUAAAAAUAAUAACCACAAAUAAUGAAAUUGGAAAAAUUGAAUUAAUAAUUAAAUGAUUCAUGUCUAUUGAUACAUAAAUUACAAGAAUAAUAAUAAUUAUAAUAAUAAUAAUAAUAAUAAUAAUAAUAAUAAUAAUAAUAAUAAUAAUAAUAAUAAUAAUAAUAAUAACAAUAAUAAAUAAUAUAACUCUAAUAAAGUUACAAAUAAUAAUAAUCAAAACAAAAAUAAUAAGAUUAAGUACUAUCCAGUAUUUCAUCCAGUCAAGAUUCAAUUUCUCAAGGAUCUUCUGAAUUUAAGUUAGUUCCAAAGAAUAAAAGCACCCAAGGAGAAUAAGAAGAGAAAGAUCUCAAAACUUAUUUAAAUAAAAAAGAUGUAUUUAACAAUAUUUAAUAAAAUUUAGAUUAUUCCAUAUAUAUAUGGAGAUAAAUUAACAAAAAUAGGUUAAAAUGGAUCAAAAUUAAUUUUACCAGAUGGUUCCACAUACCUUAUUGAUUAUUUUAGUCAUUAAACAGAAUUAAGAUAAAAUAAAUUUCCAAAAUUAAUUUAAGAUUUAAAGAAUUCCAAUUAUCAAGAUUAAGAAUAUAUUUUAAAAGAAAUAGAAAGAAUGGCUAAAUAAAAUAGAAAUUAAGUAUUAUCAGGAUAAAUAGUACCAGAGAAAUUGAAAAAUUUAGAAGCAUUAAAUAAAGUAAGUGAAGACUUAUUGAAAGAUCAUAGAAUAUUGGAAUAUAAAUUGGUUGAUACAAUUGUAUAUUUGAUGCAUCAUGAAUAAAUGUUGAGAUCUAAUCUUUUUAGCAAUUUUAGGUUAGAAGAGAUUAUUUUGAAAUAGCAUCUAAUCAAAUCAGAUGAAAUUUAUAAGCAAUAAGACAAUUAUACAUCAACUUUGUGUUUUAUAAUUACAUUAAAAUAUUAAUAAUAAGGAAUUUGGGUCAGUAAUUUUAGUGGAAUUUCUAUUGAAAUAAUAAAGAAUCUAUCAUAAGUACAUAAUUAAAAUAACAUAAAUUAGUCAUAUGAAUUUAGAAAAUGGAAAGAAAGCAGAAAAAAUCAAGAGAAAAUGUAAUAAAAAUUAAUACUAGAAAAUUCAAAACUUUAAUUUGAACCAGUGACAUCAGAUGAAGAAUUUAAUGAAAAUAAUAAUUAAGUAAGAAGUUUAUCUAUUUUAUCUAGGGGAAUGCUUAAAGUUUAUAAUACUAGGAAUCAAAUCAUAAAGCAAUUGGUUAUAUUGUUAAUAAUGGAAACUUUAACUCUAAAUGA